AUGGGUCGGACUGGGCUUCAGACACCUAAGCCCAAGCCCAGCCCAGCCAAAGGUGUGACGGGCCAUCUCAAAGCUCAUAACGGGCCAGGCCGGGCUUUUUUCGAUGGGUCGGGCGGCCCCCCAUCGGCCCAUGAGCCCACGGGCCAAAUGAUGAGGCCUAGCAAAGUGAAAAGCACAUCCGCUCUAACCAACUUGACUAAGCCCAUAUCUACUUAA